CUGUUCCCGCAUUGUGGAAAAAAACACAGGUAACAGCUGGAUAGCAUUAGCGUAGCACAGCUAGGAUCCUACUACUCUGUAACACUGCAAUUUACACGGUUUUGAUCUGAAGAUGACCUAGCACAGAUCCUUGAUGAUGAGACAGAUCUGAGUGAAGUUACAAGAUGAGUGGAAGUCAUAGACUGAUAGAAAUGGACCUGGCUUUUGGAUCAUUGUCAAAGUCUUAUGGGUCAUCCAGGAGUAUUGUCAGAAGAAUUGCCACAAAUCUUCCCUUAGCACCCUGCCCUCGUGUCCAUUUUCAGCUUCAUCCAUUCACUGCAGGAGCGAGUUUCCUCAACUGUUCAAAUGGGCCAAAUGGACUUGUGGCCACACUCGCUGAUGUGGGCUGGAUUGACAGAGAAGAGAGCGAUGGUGCUGGCAGGAAUAGGUUUGAGACGGAUUCUGGGUUGUUUUUCCGUAAUGUGUUUUGCAGGUUUGUUGGAGGUUGGGGGUUGUUUUUUAGCUUGCACCAGGAUUGAAGUGCACUGAGGAGUCAGACGAUCAUAAACGAUGAAGCCAUUCAGAAAAUCAGUGCUCUGGAGACUGAGCUGGCCAAACUCAGAACGCAAAUCGCACAGAUCGUUCAGGCACAGGAGCACAGCGCUCAAUCUACAGUGGCUCCAGUUCCACCUCCACCUCCGCCUCCUCCACCACCUCCUCCUCCUCCAUGUCCCGGCAUGCAGAAAAGCUAUUCUGCUAUUGAUCUCAUCAGAGAGCGGCGUGGGAAAAAGGCGGAGGAGAAGACAGUACUGGACUCUGCACCUAAAACAGAGCUUCCCAGCAUGCUAGACGUACUGAAAGACUUGGGCAAAGUGAAGCUGCGCUCAGUUAAGAGUCAUCAAGAGGACACAAAAGCAAAACCUGUUGAGCCCACAGACGCUGCAGCAUUAAUCGCAGAGGCCCUGAAACGCAAGUUCGCUCACCGCUACCGGAGCGACAGUGAAUGUGAUGGCAACUUAAACUUGAUAGUUCCUGAGAAUAAGAUCCAUGUGGAAACACCGCAGUUUGGACAGCAUAUGCUAAGAUCAACUGGAAGGAGGAAACUGUACUAGUAUGGAGCAACUCAUCUGAGCAGGUUAAUGUAGUUAACCUGAUGUCUUGUAAUU